AUGGGCCUCAGACUACCGUCCCUUCAGGCCGCCCUGGCCUAUUUGACGAUAAUUUUUGCUACACUGUUCCUCUAUGUUAUUGGAGUUAUCACCUACCGAUUAGUCUUCAGUCCUUUGGCACGGUUCCCAGGGCCUCGCCUGGCAGCUGCAACGCGCCUCUACGAAACAUAUUUUCAGAUGGUAAAAGGAGGAACUUUUACAUGGCAUAUCGAGAGCCUUCAUGAGAUCUAUGGUCCCAUUGUCCGUAUCACUCCCUGGGAACUGCACAUCAAAGACCCAAACUUCUACGACACCCUCUACGCAGGCCCUGGUAAGCAUCGAAACAAAGAUCCCUGGUUCAGUUACAUAUCGUACCCAAAAUCAAUUUUCUCUACCCAGGCCCACGAGACUCAUCGUCCGAGGCGGCGAGUCUUGGGUCAAUUCUUCAAGAAGGCCGCUGCUUCGGAUAUCCAGCCGAUUAUCCAAGCCAGCAUCGCCUCUCUUUGCAAACACCUGUCCGAGGCGAAUGCGACCAAGAAACCUAUGGAGCUUCAUGCGGCAUUUUACAGUUUCACGAGCGAUGUGAUUUCGGAGUAUGCGUUGGGCCACAAAUAUGGACUUCGCUAUUUGGAGAGACCCGAGCUGUCUGACGAGUGGAAACUCAGGCUGACGUCCAUGUUUGGUUUCUGUCGGCAUAUCAGACAUCUUCCCAUACUCCCCUUCUUCGCGCGCUUGGCUCCCCGUAUGGUUGGCACUGUGGUCCCGCCUUAUCGCUAUGUUUAUGAGAUGGAAGAGGAUAUCAAAGGCCGAGUGAAGGCUUUGCUAGACGACCAUACAAUCGACUCGAAAAUUGACCCGGAAAAAACAGCCCUGCCUUCCAAGACACAGAAGGCAGUAUAUCCUUCCAUUCUGGCUGAUCCCAGUGUCCCUUCAAGCGAAAAAGAGCUAAGCCGUCUCCAGGAUGAUGCCAUCUUCUUGAUGAUGGCUGCCACAGAUGCUCCAGCACAGGUCCUUGCUAUAACACUCUUCCAUAUCCUCAACAAUCCGGCAGUAUACGCGCGCCUCAAAGAAGAGCUGUUCUCUGCUCUGGACAAUGCUAGGGAAGUUCCGACGUUUGAGCAGCUUGAAAAUAUCCCUUAUCUUAAUGCGGUUGUUCGAGAGGGCCUUCGCCUUUCAUCUGUCGUGACGACCCGCCUCCCUCGCUCAGCACCCGACGAGGUUUUGCAGUUCCAAGAGUGGCAGAUCCCACCUGGGCUGAACAAGAAAAAAAAAAUGCCCCAGACAUUCGUGAGUAUGUCAACAUACUUCAUCUUAAGAGAUCCCGCGAUAUUUCCGACCCCGUCGAGCUUCACCCCGGAGCGUUGGCUACUCCCUCGCGAAGAGCUCCGGAGCCUAGAAAGGCAUCUCGUGCCAGCGUCGAAGGGAACCCUGGGAUGUUUGGGACAAAAUGUUAACUGGAUGUACAUGCACAUGGUUCUCGGAACCCUGUUCCGACGAUACGACUUGGCUUUACAUGAGACAACAGAGAAGAACGUGGAGAUGACGCGAGAUAAUUUUAUUGGGCAGACUGACGAAGGAAUGAAUAACGUUCAGGUGAAGAUCCUCGAGGAGUAUACGUGUUGA